ACGGGUCAAAAUUGACACGUCUUGCCUUAACAGUUAGCACUUAGCAUCCCUUUUUCUCUUUCUUUCUCUCCCUGACUCCUAUAUAAUCUAAUAAUAACCACUCUUCCGGUAAAUGUUUUGGCCUGAUUUUCUGUCGCUACUUCGUUAGGGUUUGAAUUUUCGCAGCACUUUUCAGAAAAUUGGGAGAGCAGGAAUACUUCCUCAACAAUGUCAGAUGUUCCUCAGCAACUGAUAUUGCAAUUGAAGUAUGAUUUGAUAAAUGAUAAUUAUUUAGAUUUUAUUGAGGAGAUGCGUUAUAUGGCAAGAGAUAACGAAAAAUCUUCCCAUGGACGACCGAUUUUGCCGCUCGAAAGUGACGCCGAUCCUCCUUAUAUUUUUGUUAAGUUGCAAGAGGGUGAUUUGGACAAGGGUUUAGUGAAAAUAAGACGGUUUGAUCUCCGUCUUAUCAACUAUCAAGAUCCUUUUGGUAGUCUAAUUGUCAUUGAUGAGUAUGGAUUAUAUGAUGAUGAUUCGAGACUAGCGGAUUUUGGGAUUGAGGGUUUCUUGCUAGGGUUAACCACAUUCAUGGAAGCUGUCAAUUCCCUCUUAGAUAGUUGCAAAACACUCAAUAACUCUAAAAAUGUGGAGACUUCCUUCCUAGUGAAACGUGAUAGCAAAAACCUCAAUUACUCACUAAAGGAGCUUGGUGUGGGAACUUCUUUACGUCUGUUGUGUCUUGUACUAUGUGAGGCUACAAAAAUUCAAUUAUUUGCUCGGAUGUUGGAUAGUGCUUUUAAGUCCAGGUCUGACUUUCCUAUGUCUUCAUGGUUGUUUGGAGUUAUCAAUGACUGGGAAUUCUAUUCAAAGGAAUUGUUGAGAAUUUAUCUACACAGUGAUACUGCCGAGUGUAACUUUUACUUACCUUUCGAAGACAAUGACUGGCAUGAUGGAAGACUGAUGAUCGGAAGUAAUUGUCAAGAUGUUGCGCGCUGUUUGGGUAUUCUACGAGCAGUUCCACCCACACCCGAGCCCAUGAAGGUAGACUAUCUUUCAGGCACAACGUUAGUUGAGGUAUACUCUGUUUGUGUAUAUGUUAAUGGUGGACAAUCCAUCAGCGUAUAUGGUAGCAUCAUAGUUCACAAUGAUCCUCAUAAAUUUUCCAUCUAUGACCGAGAUUCUACUGAAUGUGAGUCUGUUGAGCCACAUGGUACACUGUCUUUACAAGAUCCAAAUAGCUUUAUCACUGUCGGAGCUGCGGUUCGAAUCGAGCUGAAUCUCAUGGGUGGGAGUGAUAACAUUGAAAUCAGCAGGGGAAAAUUGUCUUGGAACGGUAAUUUACUUGAUGACAUGUAUGACUGUCGUAUUUCUACUAUGGUUAGAGGUAAAGACGGCUGUGCAAUAGUGUACUACACUGUAUUUUCCUAUGCAAUCCUAGCAGUGGUGGAGGCAACCCUUUUGAUCAAAGGUCAUUCUCAUGAUAGUGACGAUAUUUGUGUUUGUGGGAGACUUUCUGCCCGUUAUGGUGAUCUAUCAUAUGCUGCUGAUUUCCACGAGAAAUACCAUCAGACAAUACUUUUUGAUAAACCUGUUAGCAAGAAGGAGGUGUCUGCACUUUCAUGCACAUUGGAGGCAGGGACGUGCAAACGAGUGAAGGUUGGAGAAGCUAUUAAGUUGUCCAGAUCAAGGGUGGCUGUUCAUGUACAAUCCUCACUAAUAAUUAAGGCAGAUUUGAAGAAUUGUGAUGGUAAGCCCAUUGUCACUGGCUCCAUGGAGUGGCGUCCUGAAGAGUUGGGUGAAUUUGUUCGUACUAUGGAAGGACAUUCGGAUGAUUCUCAUUUGCUCCAGGUGAAGGUGAAGUGGAUACAUGAAUCAGAGUGAUGUGGAGAAAGAUCAUUGUUUUGCUUACUUUUGCAGGUUUAUGAAUGAUACAAGAUGGUCCUUGAAAAUGUUGAUAAUCACUAUUAAGCAGUAAUUUGCAGGACUAACCUCCGAAUUUAUCAAGGUUUGUAUUUUGUGUGUCCAUGAGACAUGGUCACUUGGACACUGAUUCACUAUGGUGUUUAUCUUAACUAAGUCACUUUCUUCGUAUAUUACGACGAUUUUGAACAUUCACUGUAUCUAGUGUUUAUUUUGGCUGAGCAGCUGGUAAGAAAUUGUAACUCAGGGUGUUAGCUGAAGUUUUUGAAAUUAAUUGAGAAUUUGAUCAGCACAACAAUUUCGAAUGACAGUUUUUGUAAGAUUUAGCUAAAUACUACGUAUUGGCUAAUUGAUGGCUUUGAUUGGCUUUUAUAAGUGA